UUACCAUUGCUUAUCAGUUGCUUACAAACCUUUGGAAAAACACGACGUGUUUUAAAUUUACCUUUGACGAUUAAAACUACGAUGAAUUCAAUUUUAAUAACUGGUUGUAGUCGAGGACUUGGCUUGGGUUUAGUAAAGCAAUUGCUCGAAUUAAGUGAUCCGAUUAACUACAUUUUUGCUACAUGCCGAAAUCCCGAUGGAGCCCAGGAACUCAACGAGUUGAAAGCAAAACAUGGCAAUCUACACGUUUUUGCAUUGGAUGUCACCGAUUAUGCUAGUUUCGAUGCACUGGUGAAGCAAAUUGAUGAAAUCGUGAAGGAAGAAGGGCUCAACGUGCUCAUCAACAAUGCCGGCAUAUAUCCUAGUGUAGCAUCAUUGAACUCUGUUGUCGCUGAUGAUCUGCGAAACAUCCUUGAAACGAAUUCCAUCGCACCAGUUAUGGUGACGAAGGCUUUCAUUCCGCUGCUGCAGAAAGCAUCCAAAUUCAAUGACACGAAAACGAUGGGAGUGCAUCGAGCCACGAUUGUAAAUAUCAGUUCAAGUGUUGGUUCAAUCGAGAAUGUGCGCUCGGGCAGAAGUUAUGCAUAUCGUAUGUCCAAGGCAGCUCUGAAUAUGGCAACAAAAACAAUGAGCGUUGAUUUAAAAAAGGAUCGCAUUUUGUGCAUCGUAAUGCAUCCAGGUUGGGUGCAAACUGACAUGGGCGGAUUGAGUGCUCCACUCAAAAUCGAUGAUAGCUGCAAACAAAUGGUUAACACCAUUUUGGCUUUGAAUGAAUCAGAAAAUGGCACGUUUGUUCAGUUUAAUGGCAAAUCAUUGCCAUGGAAUGGAAGCAAUCUCGAUGACAGCCAUGAACAUGAUGCCGGACAUGAUGAAAAUGAUAUGGAAAAAAUGUACCCAACGAUGAAAAUGGGACCAAUGCGUCGUCCAAAAAUGACCAUGAACCAAAUGUUCUGGAUGAUGUAA